CCCGUGCCUCGGAUUCCCAGACAUGGAAGGACUUCGUGAAAUUUUAAAUGGUUCAACAAAGCAUGCGCUAAUGGAUAACAGCGAUCCUCCUACAUAUAGUCUGCAGAUAGAAUCACAAGAUGGGUGUCAUGCUGGUGACAGUGCAGAAAGGAGAGUAACACACUUGCCUUCUGCAUCAGAUGAAAAUGAAAAUCAACUUGAUGGAGACGGGCCUGCUCUUCUGACCAGCAGUGGUAGUGCAAUGGGGAAAACUGAAGUGUUAGAGCAAGAUAGUCUCAACAAUAAUGAAAACUGUGUGUCCAGCUGUGAGGUGGCCGCCAGUGAGAGCUCAGAAAGUGUUCUGUGUGAAGGCCCCAAAGAUGGAAAGGACUUCUUGGGAAAAGACAAAAAAAUACCUGGAAAAAGAGGUACAAGAACCAAGAAAGGCACUAUUAAGAAGACACCAGCAGAUGAUGCAUCUUUAAUACAAGAAAAGAUGCUAAGUGCAGCCACACAUGCUGUUGGUGAUGAAGAGACUGCCGAAGUCAAUGCUAACGAUCAACCAGAAGCCCCAAAGCUAGCUCUGCAGUCUCUGUUCUCACUCAUACGAGGUGAAGUUGAGCAGUUGGGUUCAAGAGCACUUCCCCUCUGCCUUCACCAGAUAGCAGAAUCAUAUUUCCAGGAAGAAGACUAUGAGAAAGCAAUGAAAUUUAUUCAGCUUGAACAAUUGUAUCAUGAGCUGUUGCUGGCAAAUCUUUCUGCCAUUCAAGAACAGUGGGAAGCAAAAUGGAAAACUGUACAACCUCAUACAGUUACGCUUCUAAGGAAUUCAGAAAAAGGAUUUAAUGGUGAAGAUUUUGAACGGCUUGCUAAAUUUUGCUCAACACAUCAAGAUCCUAUUUUAUCCAGACAAAAGAUAGCUAUAGAAAAGUCCCUAGGAAGAAAAUGUUUUACUCAGUUAAGAGUGUCUGAAGAAUCAAAGACAAAAAGAGCUACAUCCAAAGAGCCGGAAGUAUCAGGUGGUUUAGAGAGUGAAACUUGUCCUGGCCUGGAACCAAGUAUAGAAAGCCAGCAUAAAGAGGAGCCCCAGGAGAGCAGUGCCACCUGCAGUCAGAUGGACAGGCAGGAAGAUUCCCUGAGCCUCCCAGUCACUGCAGGGAAGGACCACACGGAGGAGCCACUCUGCAGCGCCAGAGCCGCACUGGAGCUCCACACCCAGUCCUCAGAGUCAGCCGGGAGCAGGUCAGGCCCAGAUUCUGCUGAGAAUGCUUGUGAGGACAUUAGCCGCUUACAGGAGGCUCCCACAGAGGACUGCCCAGAUGUGGCCACAAUAGAGGUCAUUGCUGACCACCCUAAAGUGCUACCCUCUAGUGAGUCAGUGAUAGAGCCAUUGAUCCUACGCUGUGAUCGAAUACCUCCUGUGUUGAUUUCUGAGGGUCAGUAUUCACAGACUCAAAGGAAAGAACUUCAUUUGCCACUUCAGGAUGCUUUUGAGGCGUUGCCCAUGGACCAACCUGAGAACAAUGAAUUAAAUGUACUGCAGCAGCCUGAUCUAACAGACAGUGAUGGAAAAUAGCCACAGGGUCAGACUGACUCAGAGACUGGCUCUGAGGAUGUACUUUUUGAAAAUAAUAAAAUAUCUGACUUAAGUGCACUCCGUCCAGAAGUGUAUAUGGCCCCAGAGGAAAAGGGAGAUAAGGAAGAUCAAGUCAAUAAGGAAACAGAAGACUAUUUGAAUAGCCUUUUGGAAGAAUGCUUAAAAGAUACUGAAGAUUCUCUUUCCUAUGAAGAUAAUCAAGACGAUGAUUCUGAUCUCCUUCAAGAUCUUUCUCCUGAAGAAGCAUCCUAUAGCCUACAGGAGAGCCUGCCUUCUGAUGAUAGCUGUCUUUCUCUUGAUGAUCUUGCCAAAAGGAUAGAAAUUGCAGAGGUUGUUCCUGCUGAAGGACUGGUGUCUAUAUUAAAGAAGAGGAAUGAUUCUGAAGGAGAUCAUCCUGCCCAAAUGCAGCAGAAACCAUCUAAGUGAAGAGUAAGAUUCCAAGAAAUAGAUGAUAAUUUGGAUCAAGAUGAAGUCGGAGAUGGCUCCUGUAUUUUAUUGAUCUUGCUGUGCAUAGCAACAGUUUUCCUUAGCGUUGGAGGAACUGUGUUAUACUGCACUGUGGGGGACAUGGAGUCACCUGUUUGUACAGACUUUGCAGACAACAUGGACUUCUAUUACACAAAGCUCCUGCAGGGAAUGGCAGAACUUAAACACUGGGUCUACCUCUCCUAGCACCAUUCAAGAGGACAAGCAUGUUGGCAGUGAGAGUGAAAGAUGUGAAACUUUCUCAACAGCUUUUAUUUCAGGAGUUCUGAAACACCCCCCCUUUUCUUCCAGCAAGGACCCAAGGACAUCAAAAACAGCCACUUUUUAAGUGACGACCAGAGGAACUUUCUCAGAAUAACCCACAUAACAAGGCAAAUAUUGA